UGAGAAAUAGUCGACCAAUGAAAUUUCAGAUACGAUGACGUUUACAUCAAGAACAAAAUACACAGUCACAGGAGAAUUAAUUUUGUCCCUCAUUAAAUGCUGACCACAGUCAUUAUGGGCUAGGAUGUGUACAAUGUUCUCAAAGCCCAGAGACAUUUCACGUGUAAAAUGGAUGUCUGCUACAAACCUGAUUAUUAUUAUCUUUCUCCUCACCAUUUCUGAAUCAUUUGGUGCAGACAUUUGUGGAAAAGAAGUUAAACCCAGUUUUCUUAAGAGUCGGAUCCACAAAAGUUCUCUCCCAAAAGGUGGGGCUGCUGCAGGGAAGUAUGUCAAGGAUGCCAAGUCAACCAAUCGCUGGCUGUGUGUCGUGAACUGUUGUCAGGACGCUGAGAACUGUGACUCGGCUUUAUUUCAUAGUAAUACUUGCUACCUCAUAAAAUGUAAUGUGACUUAUGCUGGAGGGUGUGAAGCUGUUCCUAAGACUGAUGCCAAGUAUAAUGAUACGUACUACAUUAACGUCAGGGAUGUGG